AUGUACGACUAUCUCAUUGUUGGAGCUGGCCCUUCGGGGCUGUGCGCCGCAAAGACGAUCCGCGAAUGCGAGCCUGAGGCUAAGGUGAAGAUUCUGGACUCUAACAAAACCGUGGGUGGUGUAUGGUCCAAAGAGAACAUCUAUCCUGGCCUGAAGACAAACAAUGUCCGUGGCGGCAUCGACUUCUCCGACUUUCCCAUGCACGAUGGCUUUGGCAUCCCUGAAGGUCAGCAUGUCUCGGGCGAAGCAAUGCACGAGUAUAUCAGAGCCUACGCCGAAUAUUUCGAUGUCUUCCGGUUGAUCGAUUUUGACUCGACCGUCGCGGACAUCUGCAAGCUCAAGGGCAUUCAAGGCUGGAACGUCAAACUAGGCUCGGGAGCAGAUCUGCAGACGCGUAAGUUAAUCGUCGCCACAGGUGUCACAAAUGUACCACACAGACCAGCGUUGAGUGGCUCGGAGGAAUUUGGGGGCCCGAUCAUGCACUCGGCGGAACUGGGCAUGAAAGGCAGCGUUCUCACUGACGACCCCAAUGUCCAGACGAUAGCGGUGCUUGGUGGAGGGAAGUCCGCUUACGACGCCGUCCAUGUGGCUGGCAAGGCUGGCAAGCAGGUGGAAUGGAUCAUCAGGAAGUCGGGCAAGGGCCCUGAAUGGAUCUUCCCCGCCCACACCAUGGGACCGCUGCAGGCGGUGCGAGAAAAGCUACCGGCAAGACGAUUCGUGUCCUUUUUCAGUCCAUGUCUGUGGAACGACGGGUUCAGCUGGAUCAGGCACUUCCUCCAUUUCACCAAGCUCGGCAAGAUCAUUUCGCAGGGCUUCUGGAUAAACCUUCACAAGGCAACCCUGGACGACUGCGGGAUGUUGAAGGAUGAGAGAACAAAGGUCUUGGAGCCCGAGCAGAGCCCCUUUUGGUACGGCACGGCAUCUGGAAUCUAUAGCUACGAGAAGGAUAUCUACGAGAUGCUCAAGACCGGUCAAGUGCGCGUGCAUCGCGAGGACAUCCUCCGCCUCUCCAAAGGUGCCAUCAACUUCACCAGCGGAUCGCAAGUCACAGCGGACGCCCUCGUCACCGCGACAGGCUUCUCGGCAAAGUCGACCCUCAAAUUCAUCCCAGACACCAUGCACGCUGACCUCGGUAUCCCGUCGACCAGCUACACCCAGGCGCAGUAUGGCUUCUGGCAGGCCCUGAAUGAGAAGGCCGACAUGACCAUCGCCUCCAAAUUCCCCCGUCUGGUCGCCGGGCCAUUCAAAUCGCCCACCUCGACCGUAGUGCAGCCGUUCAACCCAGGCAUGGACUCCGAGGCCAACUACACGCCCUUCCGGCUAUACAGGGCCAUCGCGCCGCCGGGCCCGACAAAGGAAGGCGACAACUCGCUCGCCUUUAUCAGCAUGUUCUCGAACCUGGCCAACACGCCGCGCUGCGAGUUGCAGUGCCUCUGGGCCUACGCGUACCUCAACCAUAGACUCGACAUCCAUCCAGCCACCGUCUUCGACGAAGCGGCCCUGAUGGCGCAGUACGCAAGACACCGCGCGCCGUACGGCCACGGCAGGUUCUUCCCCGACCUCGUCUUCGACCAGGUGCCAUACAUGGACCUGCUGCUCCAGGACCUCGGGCUAGAGUACUGGCGCAAGGGCAACUUCUUUGCCGAGCUGUUCAGCCCGUACAUGGCCAGGGAUUACAAGGGGAUCGUGCAGGAGUGGCUCCGACAGAAUUCCCACUCGAGCAAGGAAGAGUCUUCAAUCCCACCCAAGACAAAAGCCGAGGAGGCCAGGGAUCUUGAAAGAGAACCGCUUCUGAACGGCAAAGCGGCGUGA